AUGUCUUCCACCCAGCCCCCUUCUGAGCCUCCUUCCAACCCAGAGAAACAACCUGAGGCCCCAGAACAGUCUUCGCCGAACGAGCAAACCCAAGAUGCAGCCAUGGAUAUUACGCCAGACCAGCCUGCAGAAGACACUUUCGACGAUCUCUCUGAGGAUAUCUUGUCUUUGGGCACUGACGAAAUCCUCACAAGAAUACGUCUCCUAGAUAAUGAUAUCAAGGUUAUGCGUUCCGAAACAAUGAGAUUACAACAUGAACAAACCGUUAUGAAGGAGAAGAUUCGUGAUAAUGGCGAGAAAAUCAAACAGAACAAAGUUUUACCUUAUCUUGUUGGGAAUGUGGUCGAGAUUUUAGACGUCGAUCCAGAGGGCGAAGAAGACGGUGCAAAUCAGGACCUUGACUCUAUGCGCAAAGGCAAAUGCGCUGUGAUCAAAACAUCCACCCGACAAACCGUGUUCCUCCCAAUGAUCGGCCUUGUACCGCCAGAGAAGCUCAAACCUGGAGAUCUAGUUGGGGUUAACAAAGAUUCAUAUCUUGUUCUGGACACAUUACCCGCUGAGUUCGACUCCCGUGUAAAGGCUAUGGAGGUCGAUGAACGCCCAACAGAAACAUAUACCGAUAUUGGUGGUCUGGAGAAACAGAUAGAGGAACUCGUUGAAGCCAUUGUGCUGCCGAUGCAAGAAGCCGAGAAGUUCAAGACUCUGGGUAUCAAACCGCCUAAAGGUUGUCUUAUGUACGGGCCUCCAGGUACUGGAAAGACUCUUCUGGCCCGAGCUUGCGCCGCUCAAACACAGGCGUGUUACUUGAAGUUAGCUGGACCCUCACUGGUACAAAUGUUUAUUGGUGAUGGUGCCAAACUUGUGCGAGAUGCUUUCGCACUCGCCAAGGAGAAGGCCCCUGCAAUCAUCUUCAUUGAUGAGCUAGACGCUAUCGGUACAAAGCGUUUUGAUUCCGACAAAAGUGGAGAUCGUGAAGUGCAGCGGACAAUGUUGGAAUUGCUCAAUCAGUUGGAUGGUUUCAGCAGUGAUGAACGGAUCAAGGUCAUAGCAGCUACCAACCGAAUUGAUAUCCUUGACCCCGCUUUGCUACGUUCAGGACGUUUGGAUCGCAAGAUUGAGUUCCCUCUGCCGAACGAAACCGCGCGUGCACGUAUUCUGGAGAUACACUCGCGGAAGAUGACGUUGUCGGAAGACGUCAACUUUGAGGAGCUCGCACGGAGUACGGAUGAAUUUAAUGCGGCGCAGUUAAAGGCAACGUGUGUUGAAGCCGGUAUGAUGGCAUUGAGGGAGGGCGCGUCUAAGCUAACCCAUGAACAUUUCCUUACUGGUAUUGCUGAAGUGCAAAGUAAGAAGAAGAACGAUCUCAUGUACUUUGCUUGA